AGCCCACAGAUCAAAGCCGUCUGCCGCAUAAUUGCUUUCCACGAACCUUCGGUUGUUGUUUCCUCAAUAUGCCUCUUUUCUCGACCAUCCUCUUUGCCGCGUUGGCCUCGGCGUCGCCAUUGAAUAGCGCACUUCUCACGAAGCAAGCUCUUUCUUCGGUCCCCGAAGGAUGGCAGCGUGAGAAUGCUGCCGCGCCCGCCGACCACAAGCUGGACCUCCAUAUCCGCCUUCGCGAGGAGAAUCUCGACCGUCUGCAACAGCGCCUGCUCGAGAUCAGCGACCCCGGUCACCCCGAAUACAGGAAGCACCUGAGCAAGGACGAACUCGAUGCCAUGACGGCUCCUACCAAGAACACUGUGGACUCAGUGACCCAAUGGCUGGCCUCCAACGGCAUUGCAGCAGGCAAAAUCCAGAGCGGCUACAUGAAAGUCAGCCUCACUGUUGAGCAGGCUAACAAGGCGCUCGGUGCCGACUACGCGGUGUACAAGCAAGGUACUACUGGCCGUCAGGUAGUACGCACCACUAGCUACUCCCUUCCCAAGGAUGUCUACGACGCCAUUGCCAUGAUCCAGCCUACCACUCUCUUCUCCGAUCUUGGCGCAAGCACCAAGGGUUCCAAGGUAGUGAACCUUUCGAAUGUUAAGCAACCUGCGAAGGUCGCAGCUGCGCCCGCAUCUUGCUCCAACGGCGUCAGCACCCAAUGUCUUCGCGACAACUACAACAUCAAGGGCUAUACCCCCUCCAACACUACUACCCUCGGUAUUGCUGGUUUCCUCGAGGAGGUGCCCAACUUGGACGACCUCUCCUUGUACGUGCAGGACUACGACUCAGACCUGCCUUCUGCCCUCCCUGUGUCUAUUGUUAGCGUCAACAACGGACCAACUGCUGCUGGGGGAGAGGGCGAGGCUGAUUUGGAUGCGCAGAUUGCCGUGCCACUAUCGUAUCCCAUCAACAUUCUGUACACCUCUACCGGCGGCAGACCUCCUAUUGUUGGCAGCCAAAAGAAUGACAAUGAACCCUAUCUUGAGUGGCUCCAAUACGUCAUUGCCCUGAAGAACCCACCCCAGACCUUCUCUGUAUCGUACAUUGAUGAGGAGUUUAGCGUUCCUGCCGACUACGCCGAUUCUGUGUGCUCGCAGUUCAUGAAGCUUGGUGCCCGUGGUGUCAGCGUCUUUAUUGCCGCUGGCGAUCACGGAGCUGGUGACACCAACAGCUCCUGCAAAAAUGGCGUCGUCAAGAAGUUUUCCCCCUUGUUCCCUGCUUCAUGCCCCUGGGUUACCACUGUUGGUGGCACCUACGGUUUCGGCGCCGACGAGCAGUCCGACCACGAUGGUGGCAGCGGCUUCUCUAACCGCUUUGCCGCCCCAAGCUACCAGACUACCGCCGUCAACGGAUACAUUAAGACGUUGAAUGGCAAGUUUGACGGCCUCUACAACAAGACUGGACGUGCUUACCCCGACGUUGCCGCCUUGUACGAGACGUACCCAGUCUACCGCAACGGCGAGAAGAAAGGCUAUGUUGGAACAAGUGCUGCCGCCCCUGCCGUUGCGUCCGUCAUUGCCUUGAUCAACGACUACCUCGUCAGCAAUGGCAAGGCUCCUCUUGGAUUCCUUAACCCCUGGCUGUACAAGACUGGCAAGCAGGGCUUCAGAGAUAUUGCCAAGGGACACAACAAUGUGUGUGCUAACAAGGCCGCCUUUCCCGCCGUUGAGGGUUGGGAUGCUACGACUGGUUGGGGUGUUCCCGACUUUGGAAAGCUUAAGAAAUUGGUUCUUUAAGGUAACAAUUCGGUAUAUACAUGUACUAAAUUUUGGAUAUGAAGUAAAGUGUAAUAUAAAAUUGAUUACGUCUAAAUUGCAGUUGA